UUCCGAUAAAGGCACAAUGAACGCUGGUCAUUAGUGCAGUCGAUUCGUGCAAGGCCUGUAGGAAACCUGUGAAGGAGGCUCUUGGUCCAACUCAAAAUUCUCGUUUUUUUAUUUUCAUUUUUUUGUUUCUUUAAUAGUACAGUUUUUAGUUGAAAAAUAAAUAAUAUUUUACUUUAACAUAAAAUUUUAUAACAAAAAGAUUAUGCUUAUUGAUUGGAAGAAAUAGAAUAAAAAUAAUUUUUCUCUCUGUGUACACAUCCGCGUUAUUGAAAUUCGUAUAAUAUUUUUGAAACUAUGCGAUUUCACUUAUUAGUCGUGUGUCUGGUACAAUUUGUGUAUUAUACACAUGCAAACAACCAAGAUUUUGUUUAUUUGACAAGAGGAUUUUAUCACGAAUCCAAUGGACUACAGCCAUCGUGCCCAAGCCAAAUUUACUGCGAAAGUGAAUUUUUACAUGAUGUACAACUAUCUAAAAUUUAUCCAGAUUCAAAAACUUUUGUGGAUAAGAAGCUAAAAUAUACAGAAUCUGAGAUUUUAGAAAAGUACAAAAAAUUGAAAAAUUCUUAUAACGGUAAUGUGCCUCCUAAUGACGAGUUAACGAAAUUCGUUGACCAGUAUUUAGAAGAUGGUGACGAGUUGGAGGAAUGGAGUCCUCCUGACUUUACUGAAAGUCCAUCGAUCACUAACCGGAUUAGAGACAAGAAUUUUAAACAAUGGUCAUUAGGAUUAAACAAAGUAUGGAAAACUCUAGCAAGGAAAGUUAAGAUGGACGUGAAAGAUCAUCCUGAUAAGUACUCACUAAUAUGGGUUCCGAAUGGGUUUGCUAUACCUGGAGGCAGAUUUAGAGAACUUUACUACUGGGACACGUAUUGGAUUGUCAACGGAAUGUUAUUAUGUGAUAUGUCGUCGACAGCUAGAGGUGUCAUUGACAAUAUCUUAUACCUCGUGAAACUAUUUGGUUUCAUGCCGAACGGUGCACGAGUGUACUAUUUAAACAGAUCACAGCCUCCUAUGGUGACGUUGAUGGUUGCAAGUUACUAUAAAGCAACUAACGACUUUGAUUAUGUAAAAAAAGUCAUAUCUACCUUAGACAGUGAAUUUGAGUUUUGGACGGAAAACCGAAUGGUCACUUUCGAGAAAAACGGAAAAUCGUACACAAUGGCAAGAUUCUACGCGCCGUCGAGGGGUCCAAGACCAGAGUCUUAUAGAGAGGACUAUGAAACAGCAGAACAUUUUAAAACCGAAGAUGAAAAAAACGAUUUUUAUAUAAAGAUUAAGUCUGGAGCAGAGACCGGAUGGGACUUUUCAAGUAGAUGGUUUAUAACUUCCAAUGGCUCGGAUCGUGGUGUCUUGUCGGACAUACAUACACCAGAAAUAAUACCAGUCGAUUUGAAUAGUAUACUACACAUAAAUGCAUUGACGUUGAGUACGUGGUAUAGCAAGAUGGGAAAUACAAAUAAAGCCGAAAAAUAUUAUACGAUCGCCACGAACCUCCUUAACAGUAUACAAGAAGUUAUGUGGAGACCAGAUCUGGGAGCAUGGUUCGAUUGGGAUAUUAAGAAUAAUAAAAGUCGAGAAUACUUUUUUAUUUCUAAUAUUGUUCCUCUGUGGACGGAAAGCUACAACAUGCCGAAAAAAUCUGUAGCCAGUUCAGUGUUGGGAUAUCUAAAAGACCAACAUAUUAUCGAACCCGAUUAUAGUGUAAAUUUCAACGGAACGCCUACGUCUUUAUAUGCAUCCUCACAGCAAUGGGACUUUCCAAAUGCAUGGCCUCCUCUACAGGCUUUCAUCAUUCAAGGUCUAGACAAGACACAACAAAAACUUGCACAACAGGUGGCACAAAAAUUAGCCGAAGUUUGGUUACGCUCAAAUUAUAAAGGAUUCGCAGAGAAAUCAAUGAUGUUCGAAAAAUACGACGUUCUAGCUGCAGGAGAAACCGGUGGCGGUGGUGAAUAUACUCCGCAGACAGGUUUUGGUUGGACAAAUGGUGUUGUGUUUGAAUUCUUAAAUCGAUGGGGCGAUACGGUUUCAAACGGGCCUAAUGGAUGUAAUAGCAGCUAUAAAUACUUGUGUGAUUUCAAUAGGAUCAGACAACAAUUAAUGUUUUGGACGUGAGAAGUCAGGGAUAAUCUCAUUAUACGCCAGUGCACCGGAAAUUUAGGUACAUAAUUAAAUUUACCAUGCUUCAAACAGCUGAAUAACGCUGAUAAAUUCAAAGAAGAAACUCAGUAUUAAUUUAUUACAACUUAAUAAUUUUUAUAAUCUAAAAUAUAUUAUUUUUAGAUGAUUUUCUUUAGUAAAAGACAAUGCGUACCUAAAAUUAUUAAUUUUUUAUACACACAAAAACAAUGCAAUGAGAAAUAAUGUAUGUUUGUGGAUACAAAACGUGUAUUAUUUCAUUAAUACAUUAUAUAAAAUAAUUUUACACCUAUUUUAAUUAUUGUAAGGAAUUGUUGUUAUAUGUUGAUAUUAUUUUAAAAAAAAAGAAGCAACAAUU